AUGAGAGAAUCAAACUUCUCCUUUCCCUCACAAAACCGUGCAUCGGUUUGCAUUACUUCCGCUCUCUAUGACCGCAGAGCUCUCGACUGUACGGCCAUCUUACCUUUAAUCAACUCUCUCACACAUCUCACCUAUUUGACGAGUACUUCACCUCGCAUCCGAGAGAUUCUCACGAUGGACGGUGGACUAGAACGCUUGGUUCGCAUACUUAAAACUACCAAGGUGAACGACAAAAGAAGUGGUUGGAAGUGGUCAAUGGCAUUUCAGUGUGUUGCUAACGUUGGCGUGCGUGGUUCGGAAACAAUAAGAACAAGAGUAGUGGACGCUGGUAUGGUACCAGUCAUUAUAACUGUAUUGGACAAUUUUUUAAGGGCCCUUGAUCAUGUUAGGUUGGAAAAAGAGCAGCAACAGUUGCUUGCCGCUCAACUUCUUACAUCUCAACAUCCACCGCUGAUUUCGACAACUUCACCUUCUGCCAUUCCCCUCGCCUCUACUUUCGUCGGUACUUUAGAAAGUGGUAACGUGUCAAAUGUUAUUCAGAUGUCCGAUGAAUCUGAGCAACCCUUAACAUCCUACCCUCGUUCACCUAAUUCAACAUCACCCAUUUUCGCUUCUUCCGAAUUUCAAAAUGACACAUCAGACAUUUCGCAUGCUGGUUCAUCAAAUAUGCAAUCUGUGAUUUCGAAUUCGAAUUCAGCUACCACUUCUACUAAUAGAUUCUUGACAGCACCAUAUGAUAUAAGAUCGUCUGAUGACGCAAGGUCAGAUGUGGCGUCCUGGGGUUCAGUUGCCGAUAACGAAGAGACGGCUCUGACAACCACGUUGACACAACUACCGCCAACAAUUACCGGUACGACUGGUACCAAUAAUCAGAGGACAUCCAAUAAUAAUAAUGCGGCUGCCGUAUCAACAAAUUCAACAUUUGAAAUCGACGUUCUUUACCGUGAAGAAGAGAUCCUCUUGUCCCUUCAACUCCUAGCUUACCUCUCGAAAUAUCCUCACUUGCGCGCUACAUUCCAUAACGCUUAUCCACCUCACAACGUAUUUUCCCUUGUAGAAAAAUUCACCCACCGCCUUCACCCUCCUGAAAUUCAAUAUUGGGCCGGAGUUAUCAUGCGUAAUGCUUGUCGGAAGGAUGAAGAUCGUGGCGGCAUUCGUCAGUGCGCUUAUAUGGCUUGCGGAAAAUGGGAAAGCUAUCCUAGAGAAUUUGCGAAGUGUAGGAGGUGUCGCAAGGCCAAGUAUUGCUCUAAGGCCUGUCAGUCAAAAGCUUGGAGCGAAGGACAUCGAUGGUGGUGUAUGGAGCGUCAUGGCCACGGGGAAUCCGAUGGUACGACACCCAAUGGGCAGGCAAUUUCUGCUGCUUCCAUGUCCUCAGGAUUAAAUGGACACCGCUCCAGAGCGAAUUUGGUGCAUUCCACUGAUAACAUGGCUCGUUCAACGAACCGCGAAACGACACCAUCAACGACAACUGGCACGACACCUCAUAGUCGUGGAUCAGGAUCGGGAUCCGUUUUAGUGUCGUAA